CAUGCCCUUUUAAGGAUGAAGUUUCCUUUUUUCCUUCCCCUCUCUCCCUCCUAUUUCUUCUUGACGCUCCCUCCUUCCUCCCUCCCUCCCUCCCUCCCUUUCUCACUCUCUUGGUAGACUAGUGAAGUCAUCUCUCCUCAUCUGCACCUUUUAAGCCGGCUUUUUGAGAGGGAGGUCCCUGCAAAGCAUAUACAAACACUCAUUUAAGCAUCCGUACUCAGCCCUACACGCUGCACUAGUAGCCAGCAGAAAACUGACCUAUUCCUUCACACAGGAGUCGGCAUGGCUAACAAAGGUCCAUCCUUUGGCUUGAGCCGGGCGGUUCAGGACAAGAUCGACAGCAAGUACGACCCUGAGCUGGAGCAGAUCCUGGUGGAGUGGAUCAGUCGUCAGUGUGGCUCCGGUGUGGGAAAGCCAGAGGCAGGCAAAAUGGGCUUCCAGGCCUGGCUGAAAGACGGAUGUGUUCUGAGUGAACUGAUUAACAGUCUGUUCCCCGGAGAGAAACCCGUGAAGAAGAUCCAGAGCUCCUCCAUGGCCUUCAAACAGAUGGAGCAGAUCUCCCAGUUUCUCAACGCUGCCGAGAAGUAUGGCGUCACCAAGACUGACAUGUUCCAGACUGUGGACCUUUGGGAAGCUAAGGACCUGGCGGCAGUGCAGAGGACCCUGUCCGCUCUGGGCAGCUUGGCCGUCACUAAGGAUGAAGGCACAUACAGUGGCGACCCUAACUGGUUCUUCAAGAAAUCUCAGGAGAACAAGCGAGACUUCAGCGAAGACCAGCUGAAGGCGGGCAAAAAUGUGAUUGGCCUACAGAUGGGGACCAAUAAGGGAGCCAGUCAGGAGGGCAUGAGCUAUGGAAGAGCUCGACAGAUCCUGUAAAAUCACUGAAUCACAGAUGCCCAAAACCUCUUCAGCCCCUUACACCUUCUAAGCGGUCCACUACCACUCCUCUUUCAACGUAAAACAUUUUCUGCUUUAGAAAUGUGCUUCUUUCUAACAAGUACCCCCUACUUCCUGGUCUUUGAACUUGCCCCCUUACGUAUACGUACUGGUGAUCAUCACAGAGCUCACCAUGCUUAGACCCUUCCACUGCAGUCAGGACCAGUACAACUGAAUGUUUGAACCUUAAAAAUGACCCAAACAACAAUAUGAUUUGCAAAAAGUUGAGCUUUUCCUACCUAAUAUGAAAAACCCCUGCUUUUACAAAUAACUGAGCACUGUCUCAUCUCUGAUACAUAACACGUCUGAAUUAUGCCAUUUCUUUACUAGAUUCUUUUUUUUUGUAAUUUUGAUUCUGGAUUCUAACA